AUGCCGAGCGAUGACAUCAGCAAUUGUACGUGCAAGGCUCAAGCCUGGGAAACGGAUCUGGUCUCUAUGAUCAGAGAGACCUGCAACCCCUACCCUGACGAGCAGGGGCUGUUAAAUGCCGGGAGGGAGAAUGGAUUGCACGGUUCCGGCCUACCCUUCACCGAACAAAUAGUAAACGAUGGAAACCAUAGUAUCAUAGUUUAUAUUGAAAACGGGACAGACAUCGUCGUUGGAAAAAGUUGUUCAUCUGGAGACACCUCAGCAACUGGUGUGGACGAGAAAACAGGGGAAACAAAGGGAUCACUCCUUUAUGGCCCUAAAACAUCCAUGGAGGUCAGCAACGUCAUCGUUUCCAUCUUGGAGAGAUAUCGAAUGGCACCAAAAGAGGAUGUUCCCGCGCCAUGGGAAGCCGAAAAUAAAAUCUCGAGUCUUGUUCGAGAGUACAUAGAACUCGGAGAGGUCAUACCGAUGGUCCUUCCAGCGUUUCCGUUCAAGUCACCUAAUAAAAAAUUCAAGGUUCUCAGCCACCUUCCGGAUAAAGGCGAGGAAGUUGCAUUGGCACACCUGAACGGACUCUGCAAGCUUAUCGAAAGCGAGUACACAAGGGGUGCGAGGAUAGACAUUGUUUCUGAUGGAUUGAUGUAUAAUGGAAUUUCCGAUAAAGAAGUGUGGGCCUACGGUCAAGCCGUUAGAAAACUCGCUGUCGACACAGGCUGCAGCAACAUAAACUUUGUUCGGCUUGUGCACCUGCUUGGGGAAGUCGAGAUGGGCGAGCCAUUGUCAGAAAAACAGUAUUUGAAGGAUGCUUCCUGGUUUCGGACGCAGCUUUAUGAGAGGAAUAUCCCCGAUAAUUUCGAUGUCUCCAAGCUUAUAUCGAAUGACCCUGACACAACACUGACCUACCGCGGCUACAUAAAAUUUCUCGAAAAGGAUCUCGAUAACGACGCCAGCCCUGGCGAUUCGUCAGUCUCAAAGCGGCAGAUUAAAAAAAGUCACGAGGCAACCGCAAGAAACAUGAUCGCUCGGGGGCGGGCUUUCGCAAUUGCUAUAGCGAAAAGGUUUGAUAAAUCAAUUAGAUUAUCGAUUCAUCCCUCCACAGAGUCAACAAAAGUAUCCAUAGCGAUCACUCCACAAAAUGACGGGAUAAUUAUGACGCCAUGGCAUUCGUCUCUCGUUUAUGCAGUAGAUGGAUCCAUUCAACUGUCACUAAGCCAAAGUGAAGACGGAAACCUAAGAGACUUCGACAAUGAGAGCAGCACCAAAUGCGACUCCGUGUCUUGCCAGCAGAACGUAUCUUUCACGCAUAAUGCAGGCACAUCGUCGCAAACCUUGAUCGAUAUGCUCCCUGCUAGAUGUAGUCGUUGUCUCACAAUAUACGAACAAGGGAAUCCCCAAGCGGAAAAUCGCCUGAACGAAGAGCCUAACCCACCAAAAGACCGCGCAGCUUGGAAAGCCCUAAAGGACUGGUCUAACAUGUGUAUUAUGAAACCUUGCUCGAAAAUGCCUUCGGGGUUGGGGAGGAACGGAGCGCGACCUCUAUGGUUAUUUCCAUAUUUCAGAUAUUCGCCCUGCUCAGACUGGUUUGAUAGGGGCUCCUCUUUGAUGUUAGCCUAG